UCAUCUACCUGCUGCCUUGCCUCUCUCCUCCGUCUUGAUUGGCCCUCUGGAGCCAAAUCCCCUUGAAUGAUUUCAAACCCGAAGACUUUGGACACAGAGGAGGAAGAGGAGGAGGAGGUGUUCGCUGGAAACUGGGCAGGGUGGAAGAGACUGAGCCCUCUCAGUCCACCGAACGCACCAUCACAGAGGUUUUAUCCACGGAGAAGCGCAGUUGCUGACGGCUUACCGCGUCCAGACGGUGGGAAAGGUGGAAAGACACGGACUGAAUUCGCUUUAACGCUCGCGGACCUUUCUGAAAUCAACCCGCUUUUUUCUUUCUUCCUUUCUUUUUUUUUUUUUCCUUUGGUUAUUAUUUUUGUAUAAGCACUUGAGUGGAGUGAUGGUGUCUAAGCUGUGGGACGCGGUGUGCUGACUGGACUUGUCGCUUGAGACUAAUAGGACCAGACUGGGAAUUCCUCUGAAUAAAUAUCUAAACAAAAACUGCAAUUACUGGAGAAAUGUGAGUACCAACAGUUGUCUGCGAGCUCCAUUGAGGCUUUUAUUUACCAGAUCAAAAGGGUUUGGAGGGAAGCACAUUCAGCUCAUGCACAGGUUGCCAUAGCAUCACAUUAAUAUUUACACUCCUUUCAGAGCCUAACAGCAUCUUCACAUUUUGGACAAUGUGCUCGUUUCUCAACACCAUUCCUCAGCUCAGGUCGGGUCGAAUUGGGUCCUCGCAGUAAAUUCCGAGCCACAGGAUUCACAAACUGAGAUUCAGACUACAGUCAUGGCUAAAAAUCCCUCUGAUGGGGCCAAGGAUGACCUGAGCCAGCUGACGGACGAUGACCUGCUGCGGUGCAGCAAAGAGGAGCUGGUGAGGAAACUAAGGAGGGUCGACAGCGAGAAAAUGAACUUGAUGAUUGAGCACGGCAACAUGAUGAAAGACAUCAACCGGCGGCUGCAGGUGCACCUGCACGAGAUCCGCAGCCUGAAGGAGGUCAACCAGAAGCUGCAGGACGAUAACCACGAGCUCCGGGAGCUCUGCUGCUUCCUGGACGACGACAGGCAGAAGGGCAAGAAGCUGUCCCGGGAGUGGCAGCGCUUUGGCCGCUACACUGCCAGCGCCAUGUGGAAGGAGGUGGGCGCCUACAUGAUGAAGCUCAAGGAGCUGGAGGCCAACCAGGAGAGUGUGUUGAGGGAGAACUCGGAGCUCAAGGAGAUCAUCCUCAUGCUGGACGAGGAGAGGAACGGGGCCGGCUCCAGGAGCUCCAUAGACAGCCAGUCUAGCCUCAGCAACCUGAACGGCGGCGCGGGGACGGUGAGGGACGUCGGAGACGGGAGCAGCACGUCCAGUACGGGGAGCGCGGGCAGCCCGGAUCACCACAAUCACAACCACGUACACAAGCCCUCGGAAAACAGCAAGAUGCCCACCAUGAGGAGGUCGAUGGAUGAUCUGUCAGCUCCACAUCAUCACAGGAGCAUCCCCAAUGGACUCAAUGAUUCCUCCUCCAACUACAUCAGGCAGCUGGAGACGAAAGUCCGGAUACUGGAGGACGACAACAAUAAGCUCCUCUCUCAGGCCCAUAACCGCUAUAGCUUAUCACAGAUACAGAUGAAAAAGCAGUGCAACCCAGGUGACCUCCGAGCCCUGAGGAAAGGAAUGACUCUGUACCACUCCGAGUCCCAGCUGUCCUCGCUGCCCCAGCGCCAGGAGGCCAUGCACAUGGGCACAAACCGUCUGCCAACCAGCGAGUCGUCUCCUGCCACCGGCUACCUGUCCUGUGUCCAGAAGCCCGAGGCGGUGGUGCACGCCAUGAAGGUUCUAGAGGUCCAUGAGAAUUUGGACAAGCAGGCGCCCGAGGACUACGAGGACGAUCUGAGUGAGAAAGAGAAGGCCAUCGUGCGGGAGAUGUGCAACGUGGUGUGGCGAAAGCUGGGCGACGCCGCCGGAUCAAAGAUGUCCAUCAGGCAGCAUCUCUCUGGGAACCAGUUCAAGGCCCCGCUGUAGCACCGACGACCCAACUCGCCUACAUUCACCCGGUGGGGGGGAAAGAGAGGGAAUCGCCACCGCAUAUUAAACCUGCUGACACCACCCAUCACUCCGCGCUCCACCACUGCCGACGGAGAAUCAGUUUCCCCCUGCAGAAAACGCCCUCUUUAGGACCGACUGAGUCGGCUACGGGAUGGGCUACGUAGUCUUGAUAUUUACAUGUACAGUGGAAUUAUUACACAACGUUUCUAACCAGUCGAUGGUGAAGGUGACUACUGGCAGCUAGCUUGGCCACUUUUCGUCAGUCUCAAACACUCGCACCGCUCUGUUAGCCUCGUCCGAGAGCAUGGCGGCGCUCUCGUGAGCCGGCGGUGCAACACGGUUUCAAGCACAGACAGGCCGCCUGCUACAGGGGCUCAAAAGUGCCACAAUGCGACAAAUAAUUUGUCAAAUAAAUACUUUGAAUUGGUGGGCAAAAUAGGCAUCAUUAAUUGGAAUUGAUGGUGAAAUCAAAAUUCUUAUCGUGAUAGGAAAAUUAUCACGAUAAAUGAUAAGCGAUACGAUAAAUGCCCACUUCUACUUAGCAUAAAACGUCAGCUACGGUAGAUACAUUUUAAAACAAACCUCAAUAUUUACAUAAAUGAUUCAAUGGCUUAUUAAACUAGUUAUAUAAAUUGAACCCGUUUAUAUAUUUAUUUAUUUCACACUUGAGCAAUAAAAUGUAUUCAAAAUCUGCUGUGACACAUAACACACACUCUGAAAGAAAAAAAGUCAAUUAAACUUUACCGGACGGUUUUCAUAUUUGUUUAUUAUUAUUAUUAUUAUUAUUAUUAUUAUUAUUAUUAUUAUUAUUAUUAUUAUUAUUAUUAUUCAACAUUUAUGCAACUAUGAAUAAAAAAUAUUUAUUUCUUGUAUUUCCAAUUCCAUAUUUAUUUCACAACUUAUUAUUACAACGAAUCUUUGGCACUUUUGUUCCCACAAGCAGCAGGGCUGAGAGGCCGACAGUGUGGCUGAAUAUUUAGAUAACUUUUAAUCGUAACCCCUCUAUAAAUAAAUGUAAAAAGAAAAGAAAAAAAAACACAACUAACUCCUGUCACACAGACCUUUCCACGCCCUACUGGUCAACAAGUAUAAUUAGGAUUAGCGUUCGGAGACGUUAACUUAAGUGAAAUCCACUGUGAUCUAGCGCCUUUUGCUCGUCAGAGUCUAUGAAUCUAAUUACGUCUAGGGAUCGCUGUUAACUUGUGUAUAAUGUGUAUAAAACCAUAGCACUACUUUGUGUUGAUUUGACGUUUUCUCUGUUUUGUACACUAGCGUGGCCACGUGAUCAAACAUUUUUUCUGUUUCGAAAGCACACUCACAGUCUGACCUUCAGCCGGGUUUGCUUUUGGUAUUAACCGUUUAUUAUAAUUAUUAUUAUUAUUAUUAUUAUUAUUAUUAUUAUUAUUAUUAUUGUUGUUAUUAUUGUUAUUAUCAUUACCAUAUAUAUUUUUUCCAGAUCAGCCUUUAUAAUACCUUCUCAAUUGAACUUCUGAAAAUGUACUGAGGCCAUUUGGAUUAUUCAGAUGAUUUUAUGACUUUGUGGGGAAAAAAAAGAAAAAAAGCUAAAAACUUUGGAUGCUGUGUGCUUGUCAGACAAUCAUGUUCUCAGGUUGGGAGGGCAAGAGCUUUACCUUCACCCAUCUCUGAGUCUGUGUGGAUGUGUGUGUGUGUGUGUGUGAAUGAAGACAGGACGGUUUUCUUUCGGCUGUAGCAUCUGGUUGCAACACGAUGCAUUUUCUGAAUCCAUGCAGGAGCUCACCAACUGCAAUAAGAUUUUUGAAGGUCUAACCGUAGGUGCGGUGUGAUUUUUAUUUUAAGGAAAUUGCUAAAUUAGAUUCUUUCUGUUAUGGAUUCAGCAAGUGCACACUUUCUUUCUACUUUUACCUUUUCGAUCUUAGAAUAUGAGAAGUAUGUCUUCCCUUCGAUGUCUGUACACCAUGAAACUUUGUAAAAAUGAGUAUUUCUUGAUGUCAGUAUGAGCAAAUCAUCAGCGUAUUUAUUGCCAGGUUUAACAUAGAGGUUGGGGAAGCAAACGGGUUCACGAAUUGAUUCUUUCUGAUUGAUCUGUAAGUUUUAUACGACAGAUGUGACAUACGGAUGGAACGGUGUCUGGUGAUUUUUGUUCCAAUUCCGUCACCGACCUUUCUAUCCCUUAAAUGGUAAAAGACAAGCAAUCAAAGUAUUCAUUUUAAAGUGUCCUUUUUUUCUAGGAACUGUUUUAAAGCCAUGGUACAAUUUUGAAUACUUAAAACAAAGAAAGAAAGAAAAAAAAAGUGGCAUUUAGUUUGAAAUUUGCCACAUUUUCCUUGAUUAUAUUUCGAUUUGGUACCCAACUACUACUAUUAUUAUUAUUAUUAUUAUUAUUGUUAUUAUUAUUAUUGUGUUGUUGUUUUAAACCUUUCUCUUAUUGCUCCUUUUUUACACCUGUAUGCUAAAACCCACAAUUCAAAUCUCUAGGAUUUCCGGUCCAAACGUGAUUCUUGUAGCAACUAGCAUGACUGUAACUGUUUCUCAUGAAUUUCACUGAUUAAAAAAAAUACAUAAAAAUAAAAAUAAUCAACAAUUUUCAGGUGAAAUGUAAAUGAAUUAGGCCACUUUUAGAAAACUCUGGGAAAGAAAAUAAACAAGUUGUUUCAUGA